AUGGAAACACCACCGACCGGGCUGGAGCACCACUCCCUCCGCUUCAUUUGUCAACGUUACAACAAGAAGCCACGCUACGUGACGCUGUACGACACCGUGGACCAUAUACCUGUGUACUCUGCGUACACUUUCAAGCGCUCAGAAGGGGAAAAAUGCGUGGAUGUCCCGUGGAUGUAUGAACCGCAGCUAUCUACAUCCUCUGAUACAGACGAGAUGCAGCCCUUCCCACGUGGUUACAUGCAUAUGAAUUUCGAAGAUGCCCAAGCUGUUCUGGACGAUUACAUAAACGCCGUCCUUUACGAGCGCGGCACCCUCAACCCAGACGAGCAUCAGGACGACCCUGACGACAAGGCCUCCACCUACACUCUCACCAACGUCGUGCCCGUGGUGCCGGACUUCAACAACGGAGUCUGGAACAAACAGGAGCACAUCGUCCGCCAACGGCUUAACAACUACUGCCGCGGAACAGCUUACAUCGUCACAGGUAUCACCACCUCGGGGAACAUGAUCCGUCGGGAAAACAUGAACCGCGUAGCAGUGCCAGUGCACGUUUGGUCCGCUUAUUGCUGCGUUGACUACGACCACAACGCACCGUAUAAUGAGCGCUACAAGUUCCCAUCUUUUGCCUACUAUGGCCUGAAUGAGGAGGAGAACAACGAGGUGGUGGAAUUCUCCGUCCAGAAACUGAAGGAGUUCCUCAAGAAGACAACCUUUGUAGACCAGAACUUUCAGAUCUUUGUGGGUGACUGUGUCCCACCAGGGUCCAGUAAAAACUAAAUAAUCAAAUAUUUAGCUAUAAGACAGCCAUUUAGGCAACAAAACGACUUAGUUGGGUUUAGGAAAAGAUCAUGGUUUGGGUUAAAAUGACUCAGGAUGUGGCGUAACUU